AUGGCUCCUUUCUCUACCAAGCUACAUCUUAACUCUUCACUCUGCCGAACUGUGACGGUUCUGUUCCUCGCCGAGCUAUAUCACAGCUCCUCUCCCUGCCGAGCUCAUCCCUCCGCCAAGCUCAUCCCUCCACCAAGCUCAUCUUCCUGCCGAGCUCAUCUCCCUACCGAGCUCAUCUCCAUGCCGUGCUCAUCUCCCUGCCGAUCUCACCUCCUUGCCGAGCUCAUCUCUCUUGCCGUAUUAAUCUCUCUUCCGAGCUCAUCUCCUUGCCGAGCUAAUCUCUCUGCCGAGCUGAUCUCUCUGCUGAAAUGUGACAGCUCCUCUUUCUAUACCGAGCUACAUCACGCCUCCUCUUUCUGA